AUAGUAGGACCGUUACCAUACACGUCCUGCAAAAUUUUGAAAUCGUUACGCUCGGCUACUAGCCCGGCGCUUGAUCCAACUUCUGCGACAUAGUACAGUCGGUACAGUGGUCAGGCUAUAACAUGAGUCAUUUGUUUAAAACAUUUAGCCAUGCAAAUAUAUACGCGAAAUUUCGCCCCACUGCACCACAGGCUUUCGUCGAGGAAGUAAUGAAAUUUGUUAAAGUAAACAUCUCUGAUUUCAACCUUGCUGUAGAUGUUGGCUGUGGCCCUGGCAUAAGUACAACACUGCUGGCCCCACACUUCAAGGAAGUGCAUGGCUAUGACGUAUCUGAAGCGCAAAUCACCGAAGCAAAAGCAUUAAACAAAUUUGAAAAUGUUUCCUUCUGUGUGUCACCAGCUGAGAAAAUUGCUGAAAAGCAUGAGUCUGUACAGCUGAUUACAGUAAUGCAGGCUGUUCAUUGGUUUGACUUGGAUGCAUUCUACAAGGAAGUAAAAAGAGUCCUGGUGCCACAUGGGGUGUUGGCACUUGGCGGUUACCUCAUUCCAAAGCCUGUCAGCAAGGACCAGAAGAGGAUGGACAGUAUAAUACAGAAUGAAAUUUACAUGGGAGCGAUAAAGAAGUACUGGGAACCAGUUAGAGACAUUGUCGACAACAUGUACAGAGACAUCCCACCGGCUUUUGAAGACCAUGUUCGGAUAGAGUGCAUCGAGGAGUGCAAGGUUAGAACUGUUGCAGAUUAUGUGAACUACACAAAGACAUGGUCAGCAUACCAGCUUUUACUCAAGAAGAAGCCUUUGGAAGCAGAAGAGCUGACUCACAAGCUGAUGUCCAUAUUGAUGGAAGAUGCUGGCAAGGUUGGAGAAGAUCCAGCAAAGACAAACCUUGAAGUGAAGACUCGGUUUUUUACAAUUUUGGCGAGAAAGCCAGGACCCUGAAGAGUAGAUUUAGAUUUGCACAGUACCAUUUCAGAUAAUUUUUUAAGCUUGUUCAUAAUGCAUAUCUAAAUGCAGCAAACAUUCAUGCAAGAAAAUAAAAUGUAGCACAAAUAAAGUAUAGUUUGUAUAGUUUACAUUUUCUUUUACCUUGGACACUCUGUUGAAUGAAGCUGAAUCUGGCUUCAUUGUCCUUUCGUUUCUCAUAUACAUUCCCUGCCCCACUGGAGAAAAGAAAAGUUGUGGCUGGGCAAUUAAGGUGAAUGAACAAAAGUGUGAAUUGUAAGAAACAAGAAAAAAAUCAGUGAUUAUAAAAGAAAGAGGAACCAAAGAGAGGAUAUAUAUAUAUACGCAAGCAAUAAGUAGUAUGCCAUAUGAGAAUGACAAAUCACAGAAGCAUAGCAGCAAUGAAACAAACUUGGCUAACACCUGUAACCAUGCACAUAGGUAUGUAAAAUACAACUUUAACCUUUCAAGUGCCAUGCCCGAGUAUGCUCGUCUGGCCAUUGAUGCAGACCCCUGGUCAUGCCUGAGAUAAUUCAUGAACAUAAAGCAUUCGUAGAGUGGUUGCACCAUCUGCUCAGAAGCUACAUUAAACUAAAAUUUUAUUGCAGGUUUUAUUUUUAUGUGACAAAUGGUGUGACAAAGCUU